AUGAUGUACGUAAGGAUAAAGAAGACAGAAAAUGUAAGAAAAGACGUUUGUCUACAAACCGAUCAGGUGCAGCAGCAGCAGCAGGAGCAGCAGCAGCAGCAGCAGGAGCAGGAGCAGCAGCAGGAGCAGCAGGAGCCUACAGCAUUCUAUAAAUUAUGGCAGCAGCAGCAGCAGCAGCAGCAGCAGCAGCAGCAGCAGCAGCAGCAGCAGCAGCAGCAGCAGCAGCAGCAGAGGCAGCUAAGGGAGACAGGAGAAGGACCAGCAAGAGAAAUAGUGCAGCAAUUGCUGCAGCAAAUAAGAUCUAGUUGGGGUUUAUGGCAUGUAGACAUAGGAGACACAGAAGAAAUUAAGUGUCUCCUAGGUGUCUCCAAUCAGCAGCAGCAGCAGCAGCAGCAGCAGCAGCAGCAGCAGCAAGAUGUAUGGCCUAGUAGGAAUAUAUGGAUAGUUAAACCCUGCAGCAACUCACGAGCAUCAGGUGUUAAACUCUUCUCUUCUCCAUUAGAAAUAUUAAGAUCUGGUCGUGGCUUACGUGGUCGUGUAGUGCAAAGAUACAUAGAAUCCCCUUUAUUAAUAAAAAAGAAGAAAAAGAAGAAAAAGUUUGAUAUAAGACUAUGGGAAAGAAAAAAAAAAGAAAAAAAAAAAGAGGAGAAGGAAGAGGAGGAAGAGGAGGAGGAGGAAGAGGAGGAGGAGGAGGAAGAAAAAGAAGAAGAAGAAGAAUAUAUAAAAGAAGGAGUAUUACCAUUAGAAUAUUUAAUAGAAUAUUUAUAUGCAUGCACAAAUAAAAAAGAUUAUUAUAAUAAUAUAUUAUUACCUAAAUUAAGAUUAUUAGUACUGCAUGCAACAAGAGCAGCAAGACCGCAUGUGCAGCAGCACAGCAGCAGCUUUGAGCUAUUUGGCUUAGAUAUACUUAUAGAUAAAUUAUAUAAUCCUUGGCUAAUUGAGGUUAAUCUUAGUCCUGCAUGCAGUAGUAGGCAGCCAUGGAUGCAUGCAUUACUUACAGAUAUGACGGAACAAUUACUUGAUCUUGUGCUGCAGCAACAAGAUCAGCAGCAACAGCAGCACAAACAGCAGCAGCAACAGCAGCACAAACAGCAGCAGAAACAGUAUCCUACUUAUUGUAUUAGAGGUGGGGGGGCCCCAAGGGGGGCCCCUUAUACAACAGAUGGAAACUUUUCUAUGAAUAGGGAUAACACAGGCUCGUCUUCUGCUCCUGCUGCACCUACUGCAGCAGAUGCAGCAGCAGAUGCAGCAGCAGAUGCAGCAGCAGCAGCAGCAGCAGCAGGAACAAAAGGACAGUGGGAGUUAAUCUUUGAUGAAAGUUUACCUCUUAAUGAGGCAAUUAAUAGAUUUGCUCCUUUGUACCCUCAGGACUGUACCCUCCAUGGGUCUACAUAUAUACAGCAAGAAGGGGGGGGGCCCCAGGGGGCCCCCCAUAUAGGAGGGGCCCCCAAAGGGGGGCCCCCCAUACAAGUUAGUAGCACACAAUUCAUAAAAGAAAUAUAUGCAGAGGGAGGAACAGCAGCAGCAUUGUCUUCUUGUAUAGGGAGAGCAGCAAAACAUGAAUUAUAUGUACAAGGAAAACAAUGUAUAUUCGCAUAA